AAACAGUAAGGUAGUUUGUGUGAUCUUAGAAUUAAAAUGGGUCGUAGGAGAUCCAAGCGAAAGCCAGCUCCUAAGAGAAGACAGGAUCCACUGGAAAAGCAGUUCAACUGUCCAUUUUGUAAUCACGAGAAGUCUUGCGAAGUAAGAAUGGAUCGGGUUAGGAAUACUGGACAUAUAUCCUGUCGAGUUUGUUUGGAAGACUUUCAGACAUCCAUUACUUAUCUUUCGGAACCAGUUGAUGUAUACAGUGACUGGAUCGAUGCAUGUGAAAGUGCCAACCAGUAGACAUGUAUCACAACCAUUGGUGCAAUCAAUUUGAACUUCUUACAUGUCAUCCUGUGGUUUGUGAGGUGAAGGAGUUGAUCAGAACGCAGGAAGAAACUGGACCUUAUUGGAUAAAGUGGAAAAAUGGAUGCGUGUCAAGUCAUAACGAGAAAGCAGUCUGAAUAUGUGUAUUAUACUUUGCUUGAAAUAACUUUAUCAAAUUAAACUUCUCUGUAAAUAUUGUACAAAGUUCCAAAAUUCUUGUUGGUCCUUUUCAUAUGGAAACAUCACUGUAACUGAGAAUACAGCAAAAUGUAAUUUGUUGUUGAUAGUAAUCUGCAAUUAUUUUGUAUUUGUUUUACUACUCUCUGACCAGCCCAGAAAACUCACUCCACUAUUUAGGUCAGUCAGUCUGUAAAAAAGUGACAAAAAUCACAACCACAAAACCAUCAUGUCAGAGCUCCUUUUUUCGGAGAAUAAAAUUUAUCAAUUUUGCUUUAAGUGAUUCUGUGAAUUCAGUAGUAAUUUAAGUUUUUGCUUUGUUAAGUUCAGAAAAAAAAGUGACAAAAAUCACAACCAUAAAACCAUUAUGUCAAAGCUCCUUUUUUCUGAGAAUGAAAUGUAUCAGUUUUGCUUCAAGUGAUUCUGUGAAUUCAGUAGUAAUUUAAGUUUUUGCUGUGUUAAGUUCAGAAAAAAAAAAGUGACAAAAAUCACAACCACAAAACUAUCAUGUCAAAGCUCCUUUUUGUGGAGAAUAAAAAUAAUGUAUCAAUUUUGCUUUAA